GUACAAGCUCGUGCGUUCCGGCAUCCUCGUUCAACUGGCAGCGUAUUAGCUUCAUGCCAUCCGCGAGAGCUGUUCUGUGCUCUGACGCUUUUCUCUUCUCUCCUCUGGCAAACAAUUUUCCUUGUCUUUUCAUAUUUGACCAUGGCUCAUCUACAUGGAGGGCACUGGGACCCCAACGCUGCGGCCAAUUAUCAGCAACCUCCUCCUCCUGUCUCGUAUGAGGCCCACGGUGGUGCAUACACUCCUGGCAGUUUUGUCACUCCAUACCCAAAUCAGCCGUUCGCAUACCCUCAUCAACAACACGUAGCAACCCCUCAGAGUCCUCUCUCGGCCCAGCCCAGCGGCUAUCCAGCCUCACCGGUGCCGUUUGGCCAUCAACAAUCUUACAGACAGGUGCAAACCCAGAAUAGUAUGCAGUACCAGCAGCAACCCAUGGCCUAUAAUGGGAAGUGGCAGCAGCAACAAGGUGUCGUCUAUCAUCAAGGGACGCGCAAUGGACAGCAGGAUGGAACAAUGCAGCCCAAAUCCAUUGAACCCUUGUCCACCGCACCCUUGUCGCCCCUGAAUAGCUCAGAGGGAAACAAAAAAGCUGAGAAGGAGUUCCCCGUGAAGCUCAAGGGCUCAAUGCAUUUCUUUGAGCCCAGAUCGGUUUACCAAUGGGGAAAUCCCAUGUUGUACCAGAAACCUGGUUACAACUUUGCCGAUGGCGAAACCAAGAUGCAACAUCGUGACUAUGCCGGACGCGUCUCAUUCAAGACCCGGUCGGAUUGUUACCUUGAUCACAACGAUGGUUACCUUCUUGACAUGUGCGUUGCGGCUACCGAUGAUAUCUUUGAGGGACCAGGAACUUCCACUUGGAAGAGGACCUAUGUUCGCAAGGUCGCUCCCAUGAAGGUGCGAAUUGCAACCUGGGUCAUUGACUUUACCUAUGAUCCUCAGAGCUGGGAAGACUGGGGCAUCAUGAUCUUGAGAGCCCUUCCCGCGGCGAUUGCCAUGGCCCUUGUUUUCUGGGAUGGUAAAUCCAUAGUCACCAAGCGAAACCUUUGCUAUGCUCCAGUUCUGUACAAGUUCCAUGGCGACGCUAAGGUAUGGAGCAACUUGCUCGAGAAUCGCAAGGGCCUUUCCCUCAUGGCCCAGAACCUAGUCUAUCGCAUGCUGCGACCUCGAUAUUUAUGCUUUCUUCGUAAGCCGUUCUACGAUGAGAAUAGAGGAGUCGAUGUCCGCCACGUCGACGAGUGGGAGAACAGCGACGGUCACGAUGCGAACCUUGGCUAUCUGUUUGUCGCUUACUCGACUGAACACUUCAACCAUGGUUCUGAGCAGGAUAUGGUUGCGCUCCACCAUAUCGCCGAGACAGCAUGCCGAGCUGCAAAGCUGCCAGCAUACUGGAUCGCCUGCAGCUGCAUGCGUGACGAGAAUGAGUUGGAAUCAGAUGUCUAUCGCAUCUCUGACGUCCUCCGUGGAGCAAGCAGCAUGGUUAUAGCUGUCGGAAGGGGUAAGUCAGCGGUAUCAAAAGGCAAGGCCAACACCGAAUCUCUCCUCCGUGAAUGGGGUAGCCGAAUGUGGACACUCCCUGAGGUUCUUCUCAGCCCUGGUCGAACCAUCUCUAUCUAUACUCGCGGCGGCAACCUCCAGUCACCGUUAGUGGUCGCAAAGAACCAAUUCGCCGCUCAAGUCUGGACCUACAUGGAUCCGGAUGUCGCGCGCCACCUAAUUGACCACUACUUGGGAAGCAUUAGCCUGAGCCGACUGGAGCAGGCCGUGCUGGCCCUAAAGUGUUUGUACAGCCGGCAUACAACUGAGUAUCUUCCUGGUGAUCGCGCCUAUGCGCUCAUGGGUCUUCUAAGACUGCGACCCCAGGUCGACCGGACUGACACGGCCUUCCAGGCCUUCUCGAGACUAUCACUAGCCAAUGACUCUGAUAGACUGCUUGAGCGCUAUAUCUGCACCCUGCCGGCAGAUGAUAAUCAGCCAUGGUUUGACAUGGAGGACGCCUACCAGUCCUCACUCUGGGAUAUCACGCCCUAUUGCCAGGUUGCUGGCAUCGCAGAUAAUGACACCAUCAUUAUUGAUGGUGCUUGGGGUAUUUCAAUCCUUUGGGAGACCUUCUACCCCAUCUACUGGUCCACUGGUCCCUCCUGGAAGCGCUGGUUGGCCGGGCUUGCGGUCGAAUGGAACGGAGCCUUCUUCGUUUCUGCCACCGCUCUUCUUGCCAGCGGCACAUCAUCCACGCCGGAGAGCGCAACCUUGAUUGCCGUGGGCGUCAUAUUUCUUCUCUUGUUCCUUUGGGUCUGGUUGAUGACGCCAAACCUGGUGCGAGUCAUCUAUAGUGGUAAGUUCGCCGACACCCAAGCCGAGAUGUUUGGCUUCGAGGGCCAUCUCAACACUCCGACCAUUGAGAGAGCCAUCUUUGGUGGCAACUUUGGGCGAUUCUCCUGGAGCACUAACGGAAGCCCCCUGAGCCGAAGCGUCGUCAACGAGUUUGGUGAGCGGCUAGGCAUCGACCCUUGUAAGGACCCUGAGGUGAGAAUGAAGGUUGAGGCGGCCAAGCGGGCUCGUCCAGGUGACAAGAGAGUAAGUGGGCAAGACAAUCAUUUUGCUGUGUGUCGUUGGCUAACUAGUACUUCGAUCUUCACCCUCGUCGAUACCUACAGCAUGGAGUUGACGCUAUUUGAGGCCGUCAGACCACCUGUGACGCUUAUGUUCUGCGCCUCGGAGAGUGGCAUGCAGCGAGCUAUCGGAUGCUCUUAUGAGUGGGAGACAUCGACCAUGUACCGCGAGACGGUGCUGAGAAUGCCCACGACUGCUCUCAACCGCAUAGGUCGAGUUCCUCGGUUCCGGCUAGGUAUUAAGCGACCUGUUUAUGCUUCUGUUCCGUACAAUGGAGCUGUAUGA